GCUGCCUGAUUUGCUCCCUAUCAGCUUCACCACACUGCAACGAGCGCUCUCGACGGAACGAUGACGACGUUUAGCCGUGCACUAGUCACUCUAGUUUUGAGCGUGUCUUCCGCGAGCGCUUUCGUACCCUACCCGUCUGCGCUGACCAAGUCGAACCACCGAGCAAUCCAUGAUCCGGCUCCGGCAGCAACAACAGCAGUAGCACCGCGACCUCGGUAUCAGCAGCACGCGGGCCCGCUCCUCAUGGGCUGGGGCGACGCAUUAGGUAAAGCAUUCGCGAACGAGGACAUGGCCCCCAAGAAGAACCCUGGUCUCAAGAAUGCCCCCAACACAUGCAUGGUAACCGUCAACGGGAAGACCAUCCAGGCGGUGCAGGGGCAGCGUCUGAGGGAUGUUGUACAGGCUGCCAAGGCGAAGAUCGAGUACGGCUGCGAGAAGGGAGACUGUGGGACGUGCGAGUCCAUCGUUGACGGUCGGAAGAUCCGCAUCUGCAAGGCGAUCGUACCAAGGAACAAGACCAAGGUCAACAUCAAGACCAAGUUCGGAUAGACGGCUGGCUGGAUUUGACACUAUCCGAUCCGAUUCCCUUGAGGACGUUGCUCGUUGUGGGCGGCUCAAUACGACGUCCUAGGCGCUCCUGAGUAGAAAGUUUCCUGCUUGCAGCUUGUAGUCGUUGUUCUCUUGGGAGGGCUGCGGUGGGAGCAGAUAUACAUACAUCGCUCGAUGCCUUUUGGGUGUACUACGACACACUACACCCCUCUUGCAUUUUAUUUCAAGAUGUGUGACGGUCGGUUGUACCACAGAAAAAGGUAUACCAACUGAAAUACGUAUCCCGUGUUGAGAACUGGGCAGCGCGCCAAUAUAGAUUUUUGCCGAGCCGAGAGCAAGGGUGCAUCCGCACGUGCGAAAGGCUACAAGCGGGUUUCGGAGAGAAGGCGUGUUCUGAUCGGGGAUCGAGUUUGUGACAGGUUGCAGUACAGCAAGCAGCGUGCCCAUCCUCCUGGCGUGGGAGAAGAAUCAAAAGCCUCGAGCCAGGUGCCAAUUCGUCGCCAUUCGUCACGUAUUGUAUUGAACACAGAAUGUACGAGAGCUGAUUUCGGUGACCGCUGUCUGUGUGGUCUGCAUGAGGUUGUGAUGUACGAUGGGAAGCGUUAUGUGUUCGUUAUUGCCUCAGCCUAGAGUACUACCCCACCCAGCAGUGGUGUGGUUUGAUGCUUACCGAGGAUCAAGGAGGAAAGCAGUCGUGCGGGGGGGGAGGGUCGCAAAAUCAUGUUUUGAAAAAUGCGGUGCGUUCUCUUUGUGUGUGUCCGGGAGAGCACGACUUGAAGUGUAUUGCCUGGAAGGGACACCAAUUAUUCUCUCGAGUAUUUGGUAUGCUCUCCGCGGAAGAGAUUAAAGGGAGAGAUAGCACGCAGACGUACGUGGCUGGGGACCUAAAAUAUCAUAUAUAUAUCGCCGGGCUUUCAGUCGUAGAAAUGUACACAUACAGCAGUUACAGAGAGACUCCAACCCCCGUUCGAGGCAAUCCACACCCACAAGCGGAAGGGGUGAGUAGAAAGUCUUCGCAGGGAGCCGCGGAGAAACCUGCUGGGUUUAUGUUGUGCAUGUUGAAGCAUUCUUUUCGACAGCAGUAAGUGCCAUGUGUACAGGAGCAUAGUGCGAAGGGAUUCGGUCAACCUUGCACCGGGCCCCCACGGCAAUACUCAGAUGAUUGAGAAAACUUGAACAUCCCACCAUAUUUAUUAGACAACGCCAUGUCAGCCCUAUAGUACACAGGCUGAGUGGCCGUAUCACGCGGUUUCGCAAUACUCGGAUUGUUUAGACAACUUGAGCAUCUGUGUCACGCGAUGUCACAGGCCUCACAGUACACAGGCUGACUGGCCGCAUCGUGCCGUACAGGAACUA